AUGUAAGAAUCCCUUCAAACUUUCUCUCUCUCUCUCUCUCUUUCACUCGAUCACGCAAAACCUCGAUUCAACAAGAACCUCCCUUUAACUAAAAAUCCUUUCGUUCCCUGAAAAAUAGACUCUGGGUCUUUUUUUUUUUUUUAUUUCUUGAUCUGGGUAUAAUCGAAAAAUUGUUGUUUGUUGGUGUUUGGGGGUGAGUGGUGAUGAGGAAGAGAGAGAGGGAGAAUCCGUGUGGGGUAUGUGGGCACUAUCACAAGUACGAGGAAGGAGAAGUUUGUGGGAUAUGCGGGCAUAGAGCUCCCGUUUCUUCUGAUAAAACAUCGCUGCAAGUCAGUGCUUUUCCAUCGUUGAUCUUGCCUGACUUUCUCUAUUUGGGUAGCUAUGAUAACGCCUCUCGCUCCGAGCUUCUCAAGACCCAGGGAAUUACUCGUGUCCUUAAUACUGUACCUGCUUGUCAAAAUCUCUACAAGAAUUCAUUUACCUAUCACUGCCUGCAAGAUGACAAAAUUUUACAAUUUGAUGAUGCAAUACAAUUUUUAGAGCAAUGUGAGAAGGAUAAGGCUCGAGUCCUUGUGCACUGCAUGUCAGGAAAAAAUAGGUCACCAGCUAUUGUAAUAGCUUACUUGAUGAAGUCUAAACGAUGGAGGCUUCCGUAUAGCUAUCAGUGGGUGAAAGAACGGAGAUCAUCUGUUGAGUUAACUCAAGCUGUCUACCAGCAAUUGCAGGAAUAUGAGCAAAAGCUAUUCGGAUCAUCUGAUAGUAGCAAUCCUCAUCUGCCUACCUUCUCCCUUGCGGGAGCCCCAUCUUUGAACUUUGGCUUCUUGAAGCCAAAUGAUCCAGUUUCUGUUCCUGCUUUCAACAAUCUUGGUGCUACAUCAAUUUUUGCUCGUCCGCCUUUAGAAAUUCCACCGCACGAGUUCACAUUUGGUGCUGGCCAGACCCAGAAAAGCAUUUCUGAAAGCCUAGCAAACCCUAGUGGCGGUGAUAUUUCAAUGGAUAGCACUUGAGUUCCCGAAGUUGAUCUUUUGCAAGACCAACCAUUUCACCAGAAAUUGAGUGAGUCCGACUUUCAUGAGGUUUUGUAUGAAACUUGGCUGUAAAGUGCAAGUAAAUGCUAAAGUUUUCUGGUUUGUUAGAUUUGACGAGUUAGUACAUUCGCUCUGGGUGCCUCUGAUGUUAAUGAAGCGCACGCCUCUGGCUCGCUCCAUUUUUCAUAUACAAAGAUAAUUUUCAGUAGAAUAGAUGUGCAUUCUUUCUGUUUUACAUUUUUUUCAGAAUAAAAUUAUAUUUUAUUUUGGACCA